GUCCAUUCGCUGCGGAGCCGGAGGAGGAGGGGAGAGGUCCGGAGGACACCAACAUGAACAAGUUGAAAUCAUCGCAGAAGGAUAAAGUUCGUCAGUUUAUGAUCUUCACACAAUCUAGUGAGAAAACUGCAGUAAGUUGCCUUUCUCAGAAUGACUGGAAGUUAGAUGUUGCAACAGAUAAUUUUUUUCAAAAUCCAGAACUUUAUAUACGGGAGAGUGUAAAAGGAUCGUUGGACAGGAAGAAGUUAGAACAACUGUACAAUAGAUACAAAGACCCUCAAGAUGAAAAUAAAAUUGGAAUAGAUGGUAUACAGCAGUUCUGUGAUGACCUGGCCCUCGAUCCAGCCAGCAUCAGUGUGUUGAUCAUUGCAUGGAAGUUCAGGGCGGCCACACAGUGCGAGUUCUCCAAACAGGAGUUCAUGGAUGGCAUGACAGAGUUAGGAUGUGACAGCGUAGAAAAACUAAAGGCCCAAAUACCCAAGAUGGAGCAAGAAUUGAAAGAACCAGGACGAUUUAAGGACUUUUACCAGUUUACUUUUAAUUUUGCAAAGAACCCAGGACAAAAAGGAUUAGAUCUAGAAAUGGCCAUUGCUUACUGGAACUUAGUGCUUAAUGGAAGAUUUAAAUUCUUAGACUUAUGGAAUAAAUUUUUGUUGGAGCAUCAUAAACGAUCAAUACCAAAAGACACGUGGAAUCUUCUGUUAGACUUCAGUUCAAUGAUUGCAGAUGACAUGUCCAAUUACGAUGAAGAAGGAGCAUGGCCUGUUCUUAUUGAUGACUUUGUGGAAUUUGCACGCCCUCAAAUUUCUGGGACAAAAAGUACAACAGUGUAGCACUAAAGGAACCUUCUAGAAUGUACAUAGUCUGUACAAUAAACACAACGGAAAAAUGCACAGUCAAUUUCUGCUGGCUGGACUGAACUGAAGAUCAAUCCUCAUAGUUCAAACUGAGGGUUGAGACAAAACUUUAAGGAUACAUCUCGGACCUACCGUACUCCAUUCUUCUGCUGGUGGUUUGGGCUUGUCUUCUAGUCUGGGCCACUCUAAACAUUUAUAAUCCAACAUUGUGGAUUCCAUCUUAAACCUGUGGACCAUCUUAGUUUGUCUUCCCAUAAGUCAUAGACGCUUGAUGGGGAUUAUUUUGAGGUUUCCAUUCUUGCAUAAAGCACAAUGCUGUCUUCAUCAGAAAACAGUUUGGCAUAAGAAUUAAACAUAAUAAUGAACACCACAAACAAUUUAUAAAAACUUGUUAAGUAUAUGCUUUGGGCUAGUUGCAAAGACUAUGCUGUAGCACUUCAACUGAGAGUGUUAUCUGAGUGUACCGCAUCUGGAGUGGUGUUUGAUUUGGGGGAAUUUAGUUUUCCUGGCAAACCAUAUGCACUGUUGGUGUGAGUAGAAUACCUGAUAAAGACGUGUCAAAAUAACCAACACAUAAAAAAAGGAUAAUUUGAUGACUCCCUGAAAUAUGCCCUGUGUUUCAGACUCUCGCGAAGGUUCUACAAAACAAGUCUGUGGCUGUCUUACCCGUGUGUACACAGUGUCCUACAGUGAGCUUUGAUUUAAAGUAUUGUAAUGAGACGGAAUGUUAGACCCCACUCAUGUGCACCCAUACACCACAUCAUUGGAUUCCAUUACGCUUGGAGAGGCUUCUAUGCCUUUCGAAUAAGUUAAACUAUUUCAUUGGUUUUGAAUGUUUUGGAUUGCUAUACAAUAUAAUACUCUAAAUUUAGGCAUGAGGGUUUUAGGUUUGGGGUUUUUUUUGUUUUUGUUUUUGUUUUUUAAUUUUUUGUCAUCGCACAAUGGAACACAAUGCAAUUCACUUAAUUUAUAAGAAGACAGUAAGAUUUAAAUUUUCAAAAUGGUUGUGAUGAGCCGUGAAGUUCACCCUUUCUCAUGUGGCACUGCUCUUUCAGGCAGUUGGCCAGCCCUGCUGACGGCUGGCUGCUGAAAUGGCUUUACUGCUAAAUCACUGUGGUUGCCAAGUCUUUACUCCAAGAGCGGAGAUUGUCAGACAGGCGAGCACUGGUGCAGAAUACCAAUGGCUUCUGUUGUAUAAAUUAUUUGACUUUUGACUGUUUUUGUUUCCCUUGCAUUUGCUAUUUCCACAUCAAAGCAGAAUGCAGUCUUGAUUGUUUGUUUUGGUUUUGGGUUUUUUUUUUUCUAUGACAGGACUCACGAAUUGCUCUCCUGCUGAAAAUGCUUGUUUGUCUGUUAACACACUGACACGUGUAUUCAUAAAUAUCUCCAUGAGGAAGUUAAAAUGAUGACCUAAAUGUUGGGUGACUGGUCUUCAGUAGGAACAGAUUUUGCUUCAUGUAUCCAGGUCCUCUGCAGGGUACUAAGGAGUGUUCCUCAGAAUAGCAGAACAGUUUAUGCAGAUAUGGAAAUGAUUAAAACUGCUUUCUAGUCACAUGAUUUGGAGAAUGCAUAGAAAACUUACAUAUCAUUAAUCCAAUCAUAACUUUAAUUGAGGAAUGCAUUUCUACCAAAAGAAGCUUAGAGUAAAUUUCUAUUCAUGUUACAGGGAUUGGUUAUUAAAAGAAAAUAGAAUCUUGCUGUUUUCAGUAUUUCUUGAUUUUAUUUUUGUAAAUAUGAAGAACUUCAAUUAUGAAAAAAAUUAAAGAUAUAUGUGUAUAUAUAUACAUAUAUAUAUAUAUAUAUAUAUAUAUCUUUAAAAGUUUUGCAGACCUAUAUUGUUUAUUCCCUACGUGGAACAUUUUGAGUUCUUGGUAUUGUUUUCAGAUUGAUUGAUUCAGAUACGAUUUGUUUUCAAAUGAGACUCCAUUAGCUUCUUUCCCUGCCUCAUAAAUUUUUUUUUCAUAAAAAUCUUGAUAUUUGUGUGUGGCCUAAUGCUUUGGGUUUUACAGAUUUUAUUUUUAAAUGCAAGACUUUGGAACAAAAUAGUGAUUGUCAUCAGUUUGGCACUAAACAUUUACAAUUACUGUGUAAUUAUAAACAAAAAUAUAUAAAGCUUUUGAUUAUGUAGCAAAAAACGUUAAGGCUGUUCACAGUGAUGGCAUCUUAGAAUUAAAACCAUUGCUAGGGCUCAAACAAGAAAGUUGAUUUAAUGUGUUUAUUCUGAGGGUGAAUGUCUGGUUAUAGGGAAUGUUUUGUACUAAAAAUGCUUACCCUGCUGGGGGAGGGGCGUCGGUGAGUCUGAGAGAGAGGCCAUGUGCGUACACAGCGAGCUCUACUGCUUCAGUUCAUGGGGUCUUUGGGUGAGGUUUCCAAGCUGAUUACUUUCUUUUUUUAGACAGAGCCACAAGGAGAGUUUACUUUUUGCCAAAUGUCAUAACAGGUACACAUUUUUAAAUGUAAAGCUUUUUAAAUAGUAAAAUGUAUAAAAUGAGAAGUACCCACAUAUAAAAAUACUUGGUCAAGGUUCUCUUCAUCUGCAUAUCUCUGUAAGUUCAAGUGUGUCUUUCCAACCCCUGUCAUAUUACCCACGGAGGCAAUAAAAGCUUCAGUAAAUUUGCCAUGACUAAAUCCUUUACAUCUUAUUUCAGUGUUUCAGAGUUUCACAAAGCUAGACUAUACUUGAGGACGUUUGCAGAAGAGUCAUGAUAGACGAACUCUAGUGGCUCCUCUGGGGGAGAGAAGCUAUGCCAAGUGCACACUCGUGUCCACGACUGCUCGCCGCGACUGCUCACCGCACGGUCAUCUGACUGUGUUGUUGUUUGCGGCAGCGUUGUGAGUGUGCAUCCGUCGUCCUGCUUUUUAAAAGUUUAGUGACAGUAAAUUCACUCAGCAAAAACGUCAGAAGCCUUUUAUGUAAUCUCUUUCCUGAACAUUCUUUUUUUUUUUUAAAGUACUUAACCCUUCAUCCUUUUUUUUAAUUUAUUAUGUAUAUGAAUACACUGUAGCUAUAUCUUCAGACACCAGAAGAGGGCAGCAGAUCUCAUUACAGAUGGUUGUGAGCCACCAUGUGGUUGCUGGGAAUUGAACUCAGGACCUCUGGAAGAGCAGUCAGUGCUCUUAACCGCUGAGCCAUCUCUCCAGCCCUCCUGAACAAUUCUUAGACAAGAUAGACGACUCUUUUCCUCAGAGAUCUACUGUAGUUAUUUAUUUUUUCCUUUGAUGAUAAGUUUUGAGUCAUUCCAUGCCCACUCUGCUUAGGGGUUUAGGUGUGUUACUGUUAAGGACUGCUGGUUGGAAACCUGUAAUUUUGGCAUACAAAUAGAAGAAACAAGUUGACCUAAGAAUAAUUUUGGGAUUAAAAAUGGGAAAAUGGUGUUGGGAAAAAUUACAAUUGUUUACAAAGUAUGCCUUUGUAAAAUAAAUCAACUUUUAGUGAGAAUUUAUGUGGCUCUGAAUGUUAAACUGUAUUUAAUAGGAAAUAUUUACCUGACAUCUCUGGGCUUUUUUUUGUUGUUGUUAUUGUUGUUACCUUAAACUUUGAAUAAUAUGAUUUAUAUUGAAUGCUGAGAUGUUUUGAUAAGAGUUUAUCAAAUUUGAUAAUGUAAUGAUAAAUGUUUUAAAAUGUGAACUAUUUAUCUUAAUAACUGAAUUGUGGUUUUUAUAUAACAGAUGACGGAUAGGGUCACACUGGCUCACCAUUUAAUUGAUUAUAAACUUGAGUGUAUUUCUGAA